AUGGCGGAGAAGUUGCCGGACUUCAAGAAUAGCCUUGCUCUCCUCGAUGUGUUGAUUGACAAGAAGGAGAAGAACGAACCCUUCGAAACCACGUACCUGGUCUCUGAGGAAGUCUACACGAAAGCCGUAGUACCGAAGCCAGAGAAGGUCUCGAUUUGGCUGGGUGCCAGUAUUAUGGUGGAAUAUGAGCUUGACAAAGCAAAAGAGCUGCUGGAGAAGAACCAAGGAAGCGUUCAGAAGGCUGUUCGAUGA